AAGAAGAAGAAGAAGAAGAAGCGACAGGGACGGCUGUGGAUCGUGUGCCGCUCUGUAGUGCGACAUUCGACGACAACACACGCUCGCUGUGCUUCCUGUCUCUUCUACCGCACACCGAGUGCUAAUCAACUUUCGUUUAGUAUAUACGCCAUACACUGUACACAGAGACGCUCCUCCGUGUCUCCUUCGAGACUCCGCUCUCUUCGCUUCGUUCAAACGCUGUUCUUUGUUCCCGCGACUUCUUCGACUCCUCGAAGACUCGCGUGUCGAUCGACGCUGGACACUCGUCGAUAGCUUGCCGAUCGUUCGCGCUCGCGCACAAACUUCUCUCUCUCGUACGUAUACAACACGUAUGUAAGAAAGUUGUGCGACUCGUAGAAGAAGGAAGAUCGAGGGGAGAGGGGGGGACGUUCGUAAGGGCCGGUUUCUAACCAGACGCGGUUUCCACUCCGAUCGAAACGAUAUACCCAGUCCUCUUCGCUAGAACACGCGUGAUUUCGGUAGUGAACGAGUGAAAGACCGAGGUAUUUCAAGAUUUUUUUGUGAAUCCGCUUGCGAAAAGAAAAAGGAAAAAAAGCAGAGCUAGCCGACGUUUUUGCCCGCGCGUCACGCAGAGUGUUCGCCGGAUUGUAAACAGAGUGUCGCGACGAUUCUGGCGAAACGUACAGACGCUCUUUAUCGUCGGCUUGUUUCGCUUCGAAGGAACACGGGAUCUACGAAGGGAAGCGGAGGGAAGCUUCGAUCCGAGUGCGGUGUCUGCGGACCAUCGAGUAACGCCACGGCAGAGGAUGUGCAGAAGGUCGACCUGGUGAAGCAACCCUGGUCGAUGUCAUUCGGGCGACGGCCGCGUCACGAACGGGAUGCGAGAGACGAGCCACGUGAAUGUUGUACGCCGUUGAACCUUCCUUUCCGCCAGGCGAAUUAUUCUGGACCGGCAUGGAGCCCGUGAAAGCCAAAAUGGCACCCACAGGGAUACCUCCGGUUACCGGUGUCCUACAGCCACCCACGGGCUCGACGCUGUCAGGGGCCACAAUGGCCAACUACAAGAAAAGCUGGUGGAGAAGAGUGGCCCCAUGCUUGGCAUUUCUUGCCGCUUUUUCCACUGCCAUGGCCUUGCUCCUUGUCUGGAGCGAAGCUGCGGCCUUGAGGAGGCAAGCGUUCGACGCCAACAUGACCAGAGACUACGUGCUGAACAGUGUCUCGAUGGAUAAUCCUGAAUUAGUCGCCUACAUCAGAGAGGUUCAACUGAAGCCGACCACUCAGCAGGACCCGUGGAAUGCCACCCAGACCACGGAGGAGAGGUACGUGGCAGGUCUGACCGAGGGGAAGCGCGAGGGCGUGUACGUGGAAUACAUCAGCAGGAUAGGUGCCAUUUCCAGCACUGGCUGGUUAGAACGUAACUUAAGUUGGAGAGGCGUUCUGAUCCUGACUGAUCCCAGAAGCUUCUUCGAGGCGCACAGAAGCACGAGGAACCCAAAGACCAGAGUUCUUCACGCUUGUCUCAGUACCGAUAAGGAUACCAAAGAGAUUACUUAUCAUCAAGAAUCCGAGGUUCAAGUUACCAAGUUAGGCGAGGGGCCGAAUAGCCUCGUGUCGUCGGACGAGGGUCUACCGACUACGAGAUUGAAAUGCUUCCCUUUGUACAGCAUUCUAUUGGCCUACAGUGCCACCACGUUGGAUUACCUGAGUCUAGAUAGUCCAGAUGCCCAAGACGGUCAGGUUCUGGAUACAAUCCCCUGGGAAACGACCAGGAUAUCCGUGGUGUCUAUCCGCUGGAGCCCUCACCACAGUGAAACCGAGACAAAAAGCCUGAUCGAUAAGAUGACUGGCAGACGAUACAAGCUGAUGUACACGACUGACACCGGGAAAUUAAUCUUUUUGUACAACGCGUUGCUUAAGAUUUGA